AACACACAAAAGGGAAGGGGCAUUUCAGAAAUAUAUCCUAUCUUCCCCACUGGAAUACUCUCCCCCAUUCCUUUGGUCUUGCGCGAGGUUUUCAACACAGAUUCGCAGUGAAAAUCAAGGGUGGGGAUAUGGCUCUAUCACGCCUAACAUCGCGAUCUAACGGCAUCUCUCGUCCUCUCUCCACCGCCUUCGGCCGCUUCAUCUCAACCGACACCACGCCGAUCACGAUCGAAACUUCGCUUCCUUUCACCGCUCACUUAUGCGACCCACCCUCUCGCUCCGUCGAAUCAUCAACUCAAGAGCUUCUCGAUUUCUUCCGAACCAUGGCUCUGAUGCGACGGAUGGAAAUAGCAGCCGAUUCGCUUUACAAAGCGAAGCUAAUCCGAGGGUUUUGCCACCUCUACGACGGACAGGAAGCGGUAGCCAUCGGAAUGGAGGCGGCGAUCACGAAGAAAGACGCCAUCAUCACGGCGUAUCGCGACCACUGCAUCUUCCUAGGUCGCGGAGGUUCGCUGUACGAGGUGUUCGCGGAGCUUAUGGGGAGACAAGACGGUUGCUCGAAAGGGAAAGGUGGAUCGAUGCAUUUCUAUAAGAAGGAUUCGUCCUUUUACGGUGGGCAUGGGAUUGUUGGUGCUCAGGUUCCUUUAGGUUGUGGAAUUGCUUUCGCGCAGAAGUAUGUUAAGGAGGAGGCUGUGACGUUCGCUAUGUAUGGUGAUGGUGCUGCGAAUCAGGGGCAGCUUUUUGAAGCUUUGAAUAUUUCUGCUCUUUGGGAUUUGCCUUCCAUUCUCGUCUGCGAGAACAAUCACUAUGGGAUGGGAACUGCUGAGUGGAGAGCUGCCAAGAGCCCCUCUUACUAUAAGCGUGGUGAUUACGUUCCUGGUUUGAAGGUAGAUGGUAUGGAUGCAUUUGCUGUCAAACAAGCGUGCAAAUUUGCUAAAGAGCAUGCCUUGAAGAAUGGACCGAUAAUUCUUGAAAUGGACACGUACAGGUACCAUGGCCACUCCAUGUCUGACCCUGGGAGCACAUACCGUACAAGAGAUGAGAUAUCUGGUGUGAGACAGGAACGAGAUCCAAUUGAGAGAAUAAAGAAGCUGGUACUAUCCCAUGACCUAGCAACCGAGAAGGAGCUUAAGGAUAUGGAGAAGGAAAUUAGAAAAGAGGUAGAUGACGCCAUUGCCAAAGCUAAGGAUUGCUCAAUGCCAGAGCCUUCUGAGCUUUUCACCAAUGUGUACGUGAAGGGAUUUGGCACCAAGUCAUUUGGAGCUGACAGAAAAGAAGUCAAAGCUGCGCUUCCAUGAAGGUAUUGUUCGUUAAACUGCCACGUGGCAUGAACAAGUUCUUUGAUAGGAAGCCAUGAAAUAAAGAGGCUUUUGGGCAGUGUUGUGUGCUCUGUUCAGGACCGUUGCGAGUUAUUGUCCGAGUAUCUUUUAUAUUAAGAAAAACAUAUGAUUUUUGUGAAGCUUGUGUGUUCAGAUCUAAGUUUACUUCUGAUUGUUUUCUGUUCCAUCUCAGGAUUCAGAUUCAAGCAAUUGGCUUUGAUCUUA